ACACAUGUACAUCACUCAUUUUUAAUUGAGCUGGCAAAUAAUACAAACGUUUUGUAUUUAUGGCCUAAAACGACUACAAACUACUAUCAUCAUGGCACAAGAGACAAUAAUCUUAAUAUUAUUAGUAAUAGUUAUGCUUGUUGGUUCCUAUCUGGCUGGAAGUAUACCCAUGUUAAUGAAAUUAAGUGAGGAAAAGUUGAAGUCUGUCACCAUCCUUGGUGCUGGCCUGUUGGUGGGCACUGCUCUAACCGUUAUUAUACCGGAAGGUAUCCGAUCAUUAUAUACCAUGGGCGCCGCCGAACAUCAAGACUACUCACAAAAAAUUGGCCUUUCCCUAGUGCUUGGUUUUGUCUUUAUGAUGCUAGUGGAUGUAUCACAGCGACGGAGUAAUAUUGGAAGUGAAACUAAAAAUGGUGCUACUACAUUAACAUUAGGACUGGUGGUUCAUGCGGCAGCUGAUGGUAUUGCUUUGGGUGCCGCUGCAACGACCAGCCAUCAAGAUGUGGAAAUAAUUGUAUUUUUAGCCAUAAUGCUUCACAAGGCACCUGCAGCCUUUGGCCUGGUAACUUUUCUGUUACACGAAAAAGUUGAUCGACAGAAGAUUCGCCGACAUCUCGCAAUUUUUUCCUUAUCGGCGCCACUGCUUGCUAUUUUAACAUUUUUUUGUAUUGGCCAAGAGCAAAAGGAGACGUUAAAUUCAGUCAAUGCAACGGGCAUUGCCAUGCUUUUUUCAGCUGGUACAUUUUUGUACGUGGCCACUGUGCAUGUCCUGCCUGAGCUCACGCAAGGUGGUGGAGGACCUCGCCAGCAUGAUUAUCGUUUAUUAGAAGAAUCCCCACGAGACAUUCCCACGAGUGAAAAUAAUGGUAGCAACAGUAUACAAGCAUUAAAUUAUAGCGAACUAGUCAUAAUGAUUUGUGGUGCUUUGCUACCCUUAAUAAUUACUUUUGGACAUAAGCAUUAGAAUAAUUCAAACAUUCUAAAAACUUUAAUAUUUACAAGAUAAGGGUUUAUAUGCAAUAAUAUACUUUUAUUGAAUGAAAUCUACAGCAUAUUUAAUUGAUAAAAGAAGUCAUUUGAGAUGUUUUUAGAAUUAUAAACUCCUUGGUUCCAUUAGUUCCAUUUUAAAUUCAGUGUAAGCAAAUCGGAAAAUUCUCGUUCCGACAAAUUGUCUUGCCAUUUUAGAAAAACAUUUGAGCAUUCAUCACUAAUACGUGAGCAUAUAUAACAAAGACAAAUUGUUUUCGAAGACGACAAAGCUACAAAGCUACCGUGAAUAUUAUCAAAACGCUCACUUCUACAUUAUUUUAUUAAUAAUUUAUUAUUAUUAUUUUUAAUAGAUUUUGUGGGUCACUACCACCAUCCUUCGGUGUAUUUUCUCUUAUUUUAGCUAAAAAUUUUAGAGAAUAUUCAAUUAUUCGUCAUUUAAAUAAUUUUAAUUUCGUGCUAAUAAAAUCUGUCACAAAC